AUGGCAAUCACUGACGAAGUGACUAUGCAGAAUAUGUUUCAAAUUUACCGGCAGACUCUGAUGCGGCAACCACAGAUGGAGCUGUAUGUUGAGUUUGAAACCGUAAAGGCGGAAGGGAUUCAAAAUGAUUUAGAGGUGGAGGAUGAUAGAGUUGCAGUGUACGAGGGAAUGAAUAAUGACAGCGAAGAGGACUUCGAAGCCACUUAUGUAGCUGGCGACGAAGACGAGAAUGGUGAUGUGGGAGUUGAGACAGCAGCGGAUAAUGUAGUGGUUCACUCAUCGAUUAGUCAAUCGAUGAAUGUGCCACCUUUUAUGCGUGAGUUGGAUCUCGAAGCCAUGCAUGCACCGGAGUUUCCGGAAUAUUCAAACAUAGGCAUUGCUGAUCCUGAGGACGGAGAGUUCCGAAUUGGAAUGAAAUAUAGUUCUAGAAAGUUGGUCGUGGCAGCAAUUAGAAGUUACACCAUCACUAGAGGAGUUGACUACGAUGUGUAUGAGUCUGAGCCACAGACGUUCUAUGCAAAAUGCAAGAUGUAUGGGUGUGGGUGCGACUGGCUUAUCCGAGCCAGCUUGAUACGGAAAAAAGGUUGUUGGGAGAUACGCAGAUACAAUGGUAGGCACACGUGCACAAUGGGAGUGAUUUCACAAGAUCAUUCCAAGUUGGACUCGGAUAUAGUUGCUGAGGCUAUAAGGCCAUUGGUCGAUACUGACCCGUCCAUCAAGGUGAAAUCUAUAAUAGCCGAAAUCCAGUCAAGAUUCAACUAUACCAUCAGUUACCGAAAGGCUUGGUUGGCAAAGCAGAAGUCCAUAGCGAAAGUUUUCGGUGAUUGGGAGGAGAGUUUCCAAGCCUUGUCAUGGUGGCUCUCGGUUAUGGUUCAAAAUAUGUCUGGGUCAGUUGUCCAAGUAGAAACACGCCCACUGUACAAUGGGAAUGAAGAGGCGCAAGGGGUAAAAAUACUUCAUCGCGUAUUUUGGAGUUUCAAUCCAUGCAUUAGGGCAUUUAGGCAUUGCAAGUCCCUAUUUCUGGUUGACGGCACACACCUAUAUGGAAAGUACAAACGUACACUUCUGGUCGCUGUUGCACAGGAUGGAAACCAGAACAUUGUGCCUAUUGCUUUUGCCUUGGUGGAAGAGGAGACAGCUGAUGCGUGGCACUUCUUUCUCAGGAAUCUGCGAAUGCAUGUUGUCAAAAAAGAUGGUGUGGGAAUGAUCUCAGACCGCAACUUCCUACGAGCAUUCAAAGUCCCUCACUUGCAAAAGCUUGUGGUCAACAUUGGGUAUUCAAGAACGGUGGAGGAGUAUAACCUCAACUAUAAGAGGUUGGAAGAGCGAGGCGAGGCAUAUGCCAGGUGGUGCGACGCCAUUGGACUUAGACAUUGGGUAUUGGCAUUCGACGAGGGAUAUCGAUGGGGCCAUAUGACGACGAACCUUGUCGAGUGCAUUAACUCAGUGUUGAAGGGUGCCCGUAAUCUACCUGUGUUGGCACUAGUCCGAGCAACAUAUUAUCGGUUAAAUGAACUUUUUACGUGGAAGAGUGCUGAGACUCACGAACGCAAGCGUGCUGGAUUUACUUAUUCCCGAAUCGAUUGGCAGCUGUAUGUGCAUGACAUGUACAAGAUGACAGAGAUUCAUAAGGUAUAUAGAUUCGAGUUCACACCGUUAGGUGAUGCCAAGACAUGGCCUGCAUAUGAGGGACCCACAUUGGUCGCUAAUCCCGCCUUGAGGCGAACAUUGAAAGGUCGCCCAAAAUUGACCAGAUACUUGAAUGAAAUAGACUCACGCGACAUGCGUGGUCCUCGGAUAUGCCGUCCCUGUGGUGCUCAGGGUCAUAGUCGGAGUCGAUGUCCUCAGCGUGCUGGACCGAGUGGUGCGGGGGAAUGA